CUUAUGAUAUAUUCAUGAUAUCGUUGUGAAAAAUUAUUAUAAUGAUAUAUUUAUUAUAAUGUGAUUUCAAUGGAUAUAAUUGCUGGAGGAUAUUUAUUUUUGUGAUAAGUAUUGCAUCACUUUUUGUAAAUGAUUUGGGUAUUAAGUCCCAAAAAAUACCAAUGAGAUAUGCAGCAUCAAGUUGAACGAAGGCAUCUACAAUACUUACUGUGUAGUUACUAUAAUUAUAGCGGACUUAACAGUAUCGUAAAUCUACAAGAUGUCUGCAGUAGAAACACCGCAUUUCAUUCGUACCAUAGAAUGGGACAUGAUGGAUAAAACAAAGUUCUUUCCAUUGAGCAUGCUCUCAUCAUUUUCUGUACGCUGUUGUUUAUAUCCCUUAACAGUAAUUAAAACUCGUUUACAAGUUCAGAGACACAAUCAUAUAUACAAUGGAAUGAUAGAUGCUUACAAAAAGAUUUAUAAAAUUGAAGGUAUAAGUGGUUUAUACAGGGGAUUUUGGAUAAGUUCUGUACAAAUUGUAUCUGGUGUAUUUUAUGUGUCUACUUAUGAAGGCAUGCGUCAUAUACUUGGGCAGAAUAGUAUUAUAGGUAAUAUAGACUCAAGAGUUAAAGCAUUAAUUGCUGGUGGAGCUGCUAGUUUGGUAGGCCAGACAAUAGUAGUUCCUUUUGAUAUUCUAAGUCAGCACUUAAUGGUUCUUGGGAUCAAUAACAAUAGACAUGGAAAAUACAUAGAUAAGAUGGGAAUAAAUCCAUUGGGUUUAAUUCUUCAACCAGGAAAAUCGCGUACUCAAAUUUCAACAGAUAUUAUUAGAUUAAUUUAUCAGAGAGAUGGAUACAGAGGUUUUUAUAGAGGAUAUGUUGCUUCAUUGUGUGCUUAUGUACCCAAUAGUGCCCUAUGGUGGGGACUGUAUACUUCGUACCAAGAAGAGCUUCUAAACUUAUUUCCAGAGUGGUUUUCUCACUUAUUCAUUCAAGCCGUUGCUGGUACAUUAGGGGGAUUUACCACUACUAUUAUUACAAAUCCUCUAGAUAUUGUACGAGCAAGAUUACAAGUACAAAGAUUAGAUAGUAUGUUUAGUGCAUUCAAAGUUCUCUGGGUAGAAGAAAGGUUGAAGAUGUUUACAAAGGGACUUUCUGCACGUCUUGUGCAGUCUGCUUGUUUUAGUUUUUCAAUAAUUUUAGGAUAUGAAACAAUUAAAAGAUUCAGUAUAGUUGACGAGUACAAAGGUUAUAUUAGGUGGUAAAUUUAUGUUUUAAAACUUGCAAUAUUUGUUUUCCUGUCAUGCAUUUUUUGACAAUUUUUGUUAUAUCGUACACGACCAAUACGCACCAAAGAAAAAGGAACGAGAUCAUAGAGAUUCGUUUUCAAAAUUGUUUUUACAAUAGUACAUUUAAUACAUAGGAACAUAAAAUGUGAU